GCACUGCACCUUCAGGUAUCCCGGUGUGAGGGUAGCGCGACAGUGCAGUGGGGCUUGGUAUAGCGUCGCGACGUGGUUUCCCGCAGUUGCGUAAUCUCCGUAGACCGUCGAGCGGGACGAAAGAGGGAAGCAGAGAUACGACCACGGUGAACUGCGUCGAGAGCUGUCGUGUCGCGGCGAGCUAUUGUGCUGACGAGCAACGACUACGACGACGACGACGCUAACAGUAACAGAGAACAGCGAGGAUCUCUGCUGCGAGUGACGCUACGACAGCUCGACGACAGUGCCUCCUGCAGACCAAGAGAUAUGUCGCAGAGUGGAGGCGAGCGUUGCUAGCCUUAAAAAGGAUGCGGUGCUCGUCGACAGAUCGGUAACGAACGGUGAGCAGCUCGACAUCCCCAGGAACAUGUCGGCGAUCAAGGGCAGUAGCACGCCGCCGGGCGCGCCGCGCCAGUUGCCUGUCUUGAGCAACUUCAAGUACGAGUACUUUGUCGCGGGCAUCUCCGGUGGCGUAGUCUCGACCCUGAUGCUGCAUCCGCUGGACCUCAUCAAGAUCCGAUUCGCAGUGAACGAUGGCCAGGCGGGUGGAGCACCGCGGUAUAACGGUCUCAGAAGUGCUAUCAGCCAGAUCGUUAAGACCGAGGGAUUACGUGGACUUUAUAGGGGUGUAACACCGAACGUUUUGGGAUCAGGCAGUUCGUGGGGUUUCUACUUUUUCUUCUACAAUACGAUAAAGACCUCGAUUCAAGGUGGGAAUUCGAAGAAACCGCUCGGACCAUCCAUGCAUAUGUUCGCCGCUGCUGAUGCUGGAGUGCUCACCUUGCUUAUGACUAACCCGAUAUGGGUAGUAAAGACGCGGUUGUGUUUGCAAUAUGCUGAAGACGUGAAUAUGGCGGAAUCCAAGAAAUAUCGCGGGAUGGUAGACGCUUUAAAGAAGAUUUAUAAAACGGAGGGCAUUAGAGGCUUGUAUAAGGGUUUAGUUCCUGGAUUGUUUGGUGUCUCACACGGAGCGAUUCAAUUUAUGGCGUACGAAGAAAUGAAAAAUAAAUACUACAAUUAUUUGAAUGUAGCCAUUGAUACGAAGCUGAGUACAACGGAAUACAUCAUCUUUGCGGCAAUGUCAAAACUGAUCGCCGCGGCGUCUACGUAUCCUUAUCAAGUGGUGAGGGCUCGACUUCAGGAUCAUCACCACGACUACCGGGGUACCUGGGACUGCGUUCAGAUGACUUGGAGGUAUGAGAGUUGGCGUGGCUUUUACAAGGGAUUAAGCGUAAACCUGACCAGAGUGACCCCAGCGACAGUUAUUACGUUCGUGGUCUACGAAAACACAAUACAUUAUCUGCGAUCCAGCAGCGCUACUGCGGGAGAAACGAUUGCCGUGUCUGCGCCUGCGACUAGUCAGCUGAAGGGGUAAGGUAAAACUCCUCCACGAGACGCUGCCGCUUAUGAGACAACACGGAUCGCAUACUGGGAAUCACGUAGACGCAUCGUCGCAUUCGUGUGUCUGCUGAUGAAUUCGAUGGAAUCCAGUUGUAUAGUAAUCACGGUUAAAGCAGAAUACUUAGAAAUAAGAAAGAAAGAUUUCCAGCUUUGGAGGAUACAAAGAUUCGAGUUUAUUGUAUUUCACUUUCCGAUGAACAAUUUAGAAUAUGAAUACAUAAUUUUAAUAAUAAUUUAACCGGUGCAGCACGCGUCAAAUCGUGUUACUUUUUAAGUUACUUUUUAAGUAUUUUGAAGUGAAAUUUCUGAAAAUAUUCACUGAGGAAGCAAUAGUGAAAUUGUCACCAGAAAUCGUUAGAGUGAAUAUGUCAGCUAAGAAUGGAUUGUGACUAUAUAAUAGAGCGAAUUAUAUCACUCUUUAUAGUAGAGUGAAUUUGAUUUUCUGUUACAGUUCUUUCUGUUAUAGUUCUGUUAUUGUUAUUUGAUCUCCUGUUAUAGUUGAAUACGUUAGAUCCAUUCUUCAAUUUUGAGCUCGACCAGAGGAUUUGUAUGAAUGGAAAAUCAUUCAGAUUUGACCGUCACUUUAGUCUUACGCCCUUAUUCUGUGAAUCCUCUUUUAUUGAGAAAAUUUACUCAAUAAGUGUGACUUAUUAUUGCUCUCUAAAUGUGACUUCUAAACUUUCUGAUAGCCCUUCUGUUGCCUGUCUGUCGCAGAGGUUACUUUUAUUGAUAAAAGAGAGUUCAGAACAAGAGCUACAGGAUGAAAAAGCACUUUAAGACACUUAGAUACUGUUGUGUGAAUUAGUAGUUAUUGUUAUUAAUUGUUUCUUAUAUGGAACAUGCGUGUGUGAAUAAUGUGAGGCGCGCAUAAUCUAUCUGAGAGCGCGUUUUCUAUAUUCAAUUAGGUAAUUCAAUAAAAGCGUGUUAAUUAACGUCCGUCGACUAAGUAUUGAGAUCGCAUU